UAAAGUUUGAAAUUUGGUGUCUAAUUUUAAUAAAAAAGAUGGUGAAUUUGUGUUCUCAUGAGUCAAUUUGUAUGAAAUCAGAUUUGGAAAUUAAGCAAACAAAAAAGGAGAGAGCACCGAGUUUGGCAAUCAUCAAGGCUUGGGAUUGCAAUGUCCAGCGAUUGGCUACAUCAUAUUCUGCUGUUCUGUGGAGUUGAUGAAUAGGGUUUAACUUUAACCCAUCCAUGGUUUUACCAUUGCUUUCAAAAAGAAAGCAUUGGAGUCUGUAAACAGUGCAGAAUUACUUUCAACUGCUUCUGAAGCACCAUACAGCAGAUUUUUGCUCUUACCUUCAUGCCGGUUUUAGGUACCAGUACUAAGCUGCAUAAAUCAGUUAAAGAAUCCAUAUCAUGUUGCAAUGAAGGAUCAUGAGUUUCUUUCCGGGACUUGAAAUUUAGCUCUUUAUAAUGGGAGAUCUUCAAAGGUGUUUUUCUCCUUGCUCGUCUUCCACCUAUUCCUCACUUGAUAUAUUUCCAUUGUCGAUUGAUGGGGAACUCUGGCAAAUGGCUGAGGAAAGGACCCAGGAGAUACUUUGUAUUAUUCAACCAUCUUUUGCUUCUGAUCAGAAGAGGAAGGAGGUUAUUGAUUAUUUACAAAGGCUAAUUAAGCGACAUUAUGCAACUGAGGUGUUGCCAUUCGGUUCAGUACCACUGAAGACAUAUCUUCCUGAUGGUGAUAUUGAUCUCACUGCCCUCUGUCAUCAAAACGCGGAAGAGGAUUUGGCUAGAGAAUUCUGCAAAAUCCUCACAUACGAAGAGAUGGAUACUGAGUCUGAAGUACAAGACGUACGAUAUAUUGAAGCGCAGGUUAAGGUUGUAAAAUGUUCUGUGAAGAACAUAUCAGUUGAUAUCUCUUUCAAUCAAAUGGCAGGAUUAUGUGCUCUUUGCUUUCUGGAGCAGGUUGACCAACUUAUAGGGAAAGAUCAUCUGCUGAAACAGAGUAUUAUUUUGAUCAAAGCUUGGUGCUUUUAUGAGAGUCGAAUUCUUGGGGCCCACCAUGGCUUGCUCUCAACAUAUGCAUUAGAAAUACUGGUUCUGUAUAUCAUAAAUGCCUUCCAUUCAUCGCUACCCGGGCCUUUAGCAGUCCUAUUUAAAUUUCUGGAGUACUAUAGCACUUUUGAUUGGGAUAACUUCUGUGUCACUAUUAAUGGACCUAUUGCGGUAUCUUCUCUUCCUCAAAUUGUCGCAGAGUCACCAGAUAAAAAUGUGAAUGAGUUAUUGCUCAGUCCGGAGCUGUUGAAGAGAUGCAAAGAGAAUUUUUCAGUUCCAAUAAAAGCGGUCGAGAAUGGAGGCCAUGGGUUUUUUAUUAAGCAUCUCAACAUUGUAGAUCCUUUAAAAGAAAGUAACAACUUAGGGCGUAGUGUCAGCAAAGGUAAUUUCCAUCGUAUAAAAUGCGCCCUCUCCUAUGGGGCCCAAAAGCUUGGAGAAAUUUUUCGGUAUCCAGGAGAAAACAUGGGUGAAAAACUGGAACAGUUUUUCGUAAAUACUUUGGACCGUAAUGGUAAAGGAGAAAGGCCAGAUACAGUUGUUCCUGUACCUACAUUUGGCACUGGAAGGUCCGAGGCAUCUGAUCUCAGUGGAGAGUAUGAAAGUUACUACAGUGGCCUUAUACAGGGUCAGUGGUAUCAUAAUUAUUCAUUGCCAAUGUCUCCUCAGAUGACUCCCCCGACAUCACCCUCUCCCUCCGAGCCGAGAUGUACUUGGGAUACACUAUCCCAGUUGCUCCGGUGCAAGCAGAAGUUUUUGUCUCACAGAGGCACAGAUGUAUUUGUCCCGAGGGUGCCACAACUUCACCACCCUUAUGCUUCAAAGGUAUAUGCCCCUGCUUCUACUAUGGAUGAAAUGGGCAGGUCCCGAGGAACAGGCACAUAUAUUCCUAAUGUGAGGCAACAUCCUUACAAAGAUUAUAUGUCGCGGAUGAAGGUCAAGAAUUCAUAUCAGCAUGGUCCAUCUAAUUUGCCUAAAAACACAGAGGUUGAAUGUGAUCCAGAGGCAGCUAAUGGGAAUGUUUUGUUGGAUGAAUUUAAAUCAGGAGAUGAAAACAGUGAGAAUGGCAGCUGCAUAAAUCUUUCACUGGAUCAUUUCCCACUUCUUCCCUGUCCAAAGAAGUCCAUGGAAUCAAAAAUGAACAAGUCCAGUCAUCCCAUCUUGACUAAGGAUAUCUCUACCUCCCUGAGCAUUCAGUUUGGAACUUUGAGUUGUUUACCAUCACCUUUGGCACCGCCAUCAUCGUUGCCAAGGAAUAAAAUGGAAUCUGGAGUUCCAACUACUUCGGAGACAAUGACUGUUGUCCCCGUAAACGGAACACCAAAGCAACAAGAAUCUUUACGGACUGGUGUAGGUAUGUAAGAGUUCUUUCUGCUAUCACCUGGCUUGUUUUGGCACUGCAGGGUACUCGAAUGUCAAUUACCAUCCCUUCAUGUCUGUUAUUUCAUUGGCCAAAGAUUGGAGGUGACGGAAUCAACAAUAGAACUGGAAAGGUUAUAACAUGUCAGAAGCUUUCUAGGCUAAUUUUGCUUUUAAUUAUCUCUCCCCAAUGUUGAAGCAUAGAUAAACUCCGAGUAGAUGUGUUCAAACUCUACCGCCCAGUUUUUGAGCGAGAAUGAAUUAGGAAAUAUUUUACAUGCA